CGUCGUCUUCCCCAAUCUUCAUCUAAUCUAUAAAAUCCCCAAUCUUCAUUUACCUAAUCAACAAUCCCUCCCAACAAUUCUCCAAAAAAAAUUCUGCUCGCCUUCUCUAUUCAAGCAAUUCGUCGAACACUUGGCGUUCGAAAAACCUCUUCAAAAAUCAAUGACCGACCUAAAUCUCAAGGCGACGGAGCUCCGCCUCGGCUUGCCGGGAACCGACGCCGCCGAUGACGUAACCCCCCCUGUUUCGAACAAAAGAGCCUCGCCGGAGUUAUCCGCCGACGAGAGGGCAACCAAGGCCACCCCCAAGGCACAGAUUGUGGGAUGGCCGCCGGUGCGGUCGACGAUGAGGAAGAACAGCGGUCAGAAGAAGAGCGAGGCAGAUCAGCAGCAGGCAGGGAUGUUUGUGAAGGUGAGCAUGGAUGGAGCUCCAUAUCUGAGGAAGAUUGAUCUGAAAGUCUACAAAGGGUAUUCGGAGCUUCUAGAAGCACUCGAGGGGAUGUUCAAGUUGCCCAAAGGUGAAUAUUCAGAGAGGGAAGGGUAUAAAGGGUCAGAAUAUGCACCAGCUUAUGAAGAUAAAGAUGGAGACUUGAUGCUUGUUGGAGAUGUUCCUUGGGAAAUGUUUGUGUCGACUUGUAAGAGGCUGAGGAUUGUGAAAGGCCAGGAGGCUGCAAGAGGCUUGUUGUCUUGUGCCUUUUCUUGAUAUUUAUUUAUUUAUAUAUAUAUAUAUGAUUAAUUAUUAAUUAAUUAAUUAAUUUGUGACAAGAACAAGAUGAUGAUUAUUGGUAUAUGUUAUCAUCUUGCAGUUGCAAUGUUUUUAGUUCAUUGUUUUGUUUUGUUUUAAUUUUUUUUUUUGGACAGUUUGUUAUAUAUAUCCAGAAAGGGUUCUCAAAUAUUCAUCUGGCAAUGUCAUGUAAGAAGAAACUAUAUUAUUAUUAUUAUUAUUACUAUUCACCUUUUUAUUAUUAUUAUUUUUAUUUAUUUAUUUAUUCUUGAAAAAGAAAGUUAUUAGUAAUGUAAUACCAUUGCCAAUAUAGCAUGAGAGCCAUGGUGGCUUUCAGAUCUUGUGUUUUUUGCUUGUAAUAAAUCUCCAAAAUGUAUGUAUGCAUGUGAAUGAAUUCACUUCUUGUUA